AGCGUCGCAGCCAUAUUGGCUAUUCAGUUUGACGAUGUUUGUGCGUGGUGCCUGGCGUGAUUUUUCUCGUGUCGUCGUCGUCGUCGCCGCCGUCGUCGUCGUCGUCGUCGUCGCCGUCGUUCUUUUGUAAAGCUCGCGUCUACUCGUGUCGUGUAACGUUAUCCUCGAAGAAUUCUCGAACUGUGUUUGGCUAGGUGCGAUGUCAAGUCAAAUAUGCCUCAAGUGGAACAGCUUCCUAAGCAACAUCGCCACCAGCUUCGAGAGCCUCUGGGAGGAAGAGGGUCUCGUAGACGUGACCCUGGCAAGUGACGGACAGUGUCUCACGGCGCACAAGGUGAUCCUAUCUGCCAGCAGCCCCUUCUUCAAGAAGGUCUUCCAGACGAAUCCAUGCCAGCAUCCAGUAAUAAUUCUUCAAGAUGUGCACUUCAGUGAAUUGGAAGCUUUACUCAUAUUCAUUUAUAAGGGUGAAGUGAAUAUAGAGCAGAAGAAUUUACCUGCUUUAUUGAAAGCUGCAGAGACCUUACAAAUCAGGGGUUUAUCGGGUGGCGAUGUUUUUGCAAAGGAGUCGUACAAAAGGCUUGCGCAGUUGGAACAAGCGGAAUCUCAGGACUCGGUUUUGGUACACGAGGAGACUCCAAAGAAAAAACAGAAAAUUGGAAAGCUACAAAACAAUUCGAUCUUGGAGAAAGCACUUACUCCUCAGAUAUCCCAAUCAGAGAGUACCAGUGAGUCUACAGCCAAUGAACAAAACUUCAAGGAUUCUGAUCUCUCAGAACCUUUGCCUAGUCCCAUCUAUCAUCGGCUAGAGAUGAAAAUGGAACCAUUUGACAUACCUGUCGAAGAAUUUGAAAAAGAUUCAUCACCAGCGAAAGACCUUGCUAAGAGAUUGGAUACAGGGCAGACAGAGUGUACGCAAGGGUCUGGGAACAGCCCUGCUGAAGACAUUUCCGCUUUAUCUGGGUUAUCCGGACUAUCUGGAUUCUCGGACGCCAAGCCACUGCUUUACGCGUAUCAGCAACUACCUUACGCUGAGCUUCUACCCAGUCCCGACAUAAUCUCUACGUGGGCGUCAUCGCGUCCGAUGGAUCACCUGGCCUGCGAUCUCAUGAAAAUACUCUUUACACCCGAGGAGAGAAUACUCUGCAACGUCAACGGUAAAAUGGGCAAGCAGCAAUUCGACAGCAACAAGAUACACCUGAUUCGCGAGGUCCUUCUACACUUUAGCGGUAUUGCGCCGAACAGCGUCGAGUGGGAGGAGGCUUGGAAGAACUGCGUUACCAAAAUCGAUACGAGCAAUAGGGGCUUGAAAAGGUAUCUGUUUCAGAGACGCUCCGUCUACACCCAAUGACUAGGGCGUUUUAGGUCAGGGGUCAAACGGAAACGUUUCCACUGGCUGGAAUAAAACAUACAAGUAAUACGGCCACUACCCCCAUACAAUGUAUACACGACAAGUCCAUCCCUCCUAGAAUCUCCUAGAUCAGAAACUUUUUAACGUGUAACGAUGCCUCGUUGAAAAAUUGUUAAUCGCGUGGUCAAGUGCAUCAUGGGUAAACGCCCUGAUAUCUAUAAGUGUUUAAAGUUUCUUAUCUUGCGAGAUGAAAGGCAAAUGCGUUCUGCACGUUGUAUGUGAGCUCGAGCGUGCUUGUGGAGGAGGACGUGGGUGGCGAACAGGGGUAAGGGGAAGAGGAGUAUAAAGGAGAAAUAACACAAGCUCAUAUAGCCUGAUACAUUGUACGUGCAAUAGCAUCGAGCGAACGGAAGACGCCAUUUACACAGUGACUGUGUAAGAUGUUUUUUUUUAACUGAGACAAGAUUAUUGGAAGUAUGUAACAGGGUGCACCUUUAUGAUCUGAAUAUCAUUUAUAAGGUACUGGUGAGAAAUUAUAAAAAAAAUAAUUAUAAACAAUGAUUUUAAUAGUCGAUAGGUCGUUGACUGUUCACGGGCAUUAGGGAGUCUCUCUUCACAACAUUAAUGUGUUCCAGUAAGCUCACCUCAUUUGGAAAUGUCAGCGCUGAUCCUUCGCUUAUAAGUUUCUCACGAAGAUUCCAUACCCUGAGUGAUAUUCGGAUUUUAACAUGGUCCACUCUUGCGUAAAUGGAGAACGACUAAUUUGGAAUCUAAGAAAUUGUUAGAAUGAUAAUGUUAAUGGCGUGGUUAAAGAAUUAGCAUAUACGCUUGAUGUUUGCUUUUUCGGCAAAUGACAUUUCUUAAGCUUUCCGCCUUUCUUUCAUGGGGACUCUCUGGUUUCCAAUCUGGUAAUUUUUUUUUCCUUCUUUGAGACGAUAUAUUUUAUACAUGGCGUCUUGGAAUUGUCUCCGGACGAUCCUGCCUAUGCGUCUAUAGACAGAGUGGAACCAAUUCAGUCUCCGAGGUGGCAACGAAUAUUUUUCAUUUGCCCAAGUAACUGCGACGAUCCUCCAGGUUGUUUUUAAUGUUAUGUUAUUAUGUUAAGUAAUUGAACAUUCCUUUUUGUUUAAUGGAGACUGGAGAAUGCUUUCUAACCUCGAAAUGGUAUAUACUAACAUAUAAGAAUGUAAUAAUAAAUUCUUAUGCAAAAUCCAGUGCAGGCAGAUUUUUGCAAUUUGCACCGUUACCUGCAAUGAUACUUUUAUGCUGAAUAAUUGACAAACUAAAGUCUGAGUCGCGUGUAAUAUUUUUAAGCGAAACAUGCGCGUUUCAGAACUUUGCAUGCGUCUCAUUCCUUUAUUUUGCGAUUGCUCAUUACAAAAGUGCCAUUUCAGUAAUUGCGAAAGUUGCACAAAUCUGCGUGUUCGAUAAGGAUAACAGAUCAAUUACAUGUAAUUAACGAUUUUCAUGAUUUGAAAUUCAAGAUGGCCGUUUGUACUCUCCAGUCAUCCUAAGGUGUACACUGUGUUCAUGCAACAGUACGUACUCGUAGUCCUUAUACUUACGUGUAUUAUAUUUCGCUAGUGUAUCUGGCAAUGAGGAUGGACAGGUGGACGUUAAGCUGCGUUCACAUGCGUACGAGCGACAAGACGGUUAAAUAAUUAUUCACGCCAGCAUCACACCAGUACGAGAGGGAAUAGAGGACAUGCGUACAUUAUAAAUCACCCCAUACGUUUAGCAGCCGGUUAUAGGGAGUGCGUGAGCUAACGAAUGACUUAAUGAAUGGAGGUAUGAACGAGAGUAGAGAGAAUAAGGAUAGAUAAGUAAAUAAGGAAGAAGAAAAAAAAGGCAGAAAACACAUAGUGUAAUCAUGUAUUGUAUUUAUGUAAUUUCACGCGAGCGUCGAAACAGUGGAUGAUUCUGUAGGCCUACUGGGUCACAAUUUAUUGUUAAGAGGAUGGUAGCUUUAUGAGAAAAAAAAAUACUAGCAGCUUAAGGUAUGCUUGUAGAUUAUUUAAACGAAGUGACGCGAGAUGGCGUCGUACCUAUUAGGAUAUAUUGCAAUUGUACGUUCCGAUUGGCCGAGGGGAUGAUUGCUGCGAAAUUGUCACGUUCGAUUCUUCCCCGGAAUGGCAGUCAGACGCGAACAUGGAAUUUCGAGGAUUGGCACUAUUGCUGAUUUAUGAUCGACCAAUAUCGAGCGUACGAUUAAUUUAGCGCACCGACGACUAUGUCAAUCGCUAUUGUACGACUGUACACGAGGCACACUGAUCGAUCACAAAUAAACAUAUUUUUCAUUUUUAA